UUCAUUUUGAAUUUCGUCUGAAAAAUCUCCCCCAAUCUCCGUUUCAAAGCUCUUUUAAGUCUCUUUAUUUGUUCGUAGUAUAUAAUUUUCCUGUUUUUCAGCCAUGUGUGUUGCAGUUUUAAAACCAGAUGAUUGUUUAAAGCUACCGAAUCCCAUGAAACACCACAAAAAUCUCUACCCUAAACCGAACCGUUCGAAUCGGGUACCGCAAAACCGAAAGAAUCAGUUUCCGAUGACCUCCCCUCCCCCUACUCCGUCUGCCUGCUCCAAAUCCCCGGCCAGAAAUCUCGUGAUGGGUCAAGUCAAGAUCCUCAAACGCGGCGAAUAUUUGGAAAAACCAUCCCCUCAAAAGUCCGUCGGGUUCGAAAAGGAAAACAUUGAUGUAGAUCUGGGUUCAACUAAUCGCUUGGGUCCAGAUCCUGGGUCUAUCCCGACCCAGAUCCGACUGACCGAGUCAAACAGCAAGAGCGGCAACGAUAAGUUCGUUCCAGUCUCGUUUUAUUCUGGGUCUGCCUUCAUAGCAUCGCCGCCACCGAGUUCCGUUCCGAUGCCGGUGUUCUUCACGAAGACGACUGAGGUUUCUGUAAAGAAUAACGACGCCACAAGUGACUUGAGGAGGAUAUUGAGGCUGGAUUAGAAGUGGUAGUUUGAUCUUAUCGGUCUGGGUUUCGAUUUGUGUACUCUGGUGUUCGAUCAUCCCUUAUUUUUUCAAGGGGAGAGGUCGAAAAAUAUGUUAGGCUGUAGCUUUUCGUAAUGAUGCUUCGUACGGUGUAUAACGUAACUGCAUGUAGCUUUUAGUUAACUCGUCUGCGUUAAUAUGCAAAGUUGUCUCUGGGCUCUUUAAUUUAUUUGUUAACAGCUUAUGGUG